CCGCGCUCCUGUCAUAGCUUCCUCCCAUUUCUUGUAUCCUCGCAUGGCGCUUUAGCUUGGUUGGUGGCUUUGCGGUAACUGUCACCACUGGACCUCGGCGACUUUAGACUGUUCUCCUUUCACUUUUGGUUCACGUUUGUGUGACCCUUGUAGGAACUUCUUUUGUCCGCAGCGAUGUGCGGGGUGAUGUGGACCCCGGAGCUAGCGGUGCUGAGGGGCUUCUCUGCGGAGGCUGAGCGGCGGCAGUGGAAGCAGGAGGGGGCGUCUGGCUCAGAGAGUGGAUCGUUCUUGCAGUUGAUGUUAGAAGGGAACUAUGAGGCUGUGUUCUUCCAUUCAGUGACUCAAAAUAUUUUAAAUUCAUCGACAACGGCGGAAGAAAAGAUUGACAGCUACCUGGAGAAGCAGUUAGUAACAUUCCUGGAUUGCUCUGCAGAUUUGGAUGAAAUAGAAAGACAACGGCUGAUAUUCCUGCUUGGUGUGAGCAGUUUGCAGCUUUUUGUUCAGAGCAACUGGACGGGGCCUCUUGUAGACUUGGACCCUCAGGAUUUUUUGCCAUCUGUUCUUUUGCAGCAGUUUAGUAAGGUCAAAGAACUGGAUGUCGUUGUUCUGAGCCUGCUCAUUCUAGAUGGUGAAUCAGUCUACAGCCUGACCACAAAACCGAUCCUGCUCCUGAUUGCACGCAUUAUCCUGGUGAAUAUAAGACAUAAACUGACAGCUAUUCAGAGCUUGCCAUGGUGGACUUUGAGAUGUAUGAAUAUUCACCAGCAGCUGCUUGAGGAACGCUCGCCUCAGCUUUUUGCUCUCGCAGAAAACUGCAUUGAUCAAGUGUUGAAACUAGAGAAUCUGUUUAUAGGUGAUUCGGGUCGAUAUUUGGCGAUUCAGUUUCAUCUGGAAUGUGCAUAUAUAUUUUUAUACUAUUACGAGUAUAAAAAAGCAAAAGAUCAGUUCAAUAUUGCUAAAGACAUUGGCAAAUUGCAUAUUGAUUUGACAGGUGCUUUAGGAAAAAGAACACGAUUCCAGGAAAAUUAUGUAGCACAACUGAUUCUAGAUGUAAGAAGGGAAGAGGGUGGUCUUUCAAACUGUGAAUUCAGUCCCGCACCCACCCCUCAGGAACAUUUAACCAAGAACCUUGAGCUCAAUGAUGAUACUGUUCUGAAUGAAAUAAAGCUAGCAGAUUGUGAGGAGUUUCAGAUGCCUGACCUAUGUGCUGAGGAGCUUGCUGUUAUCCUUGGAGUCUGCACAGAUUUUCAGAAGAAUAACCCAGUGCAUAAAUUGACUGAAGAGGAGUUGCUGGCAUUCGCAUCAUGUUUGCUUUCACAACCGAAGUUCUGGGCCAUUCAGACGUCAGCCUUGAUCCUCCGGACAAAACUUGAGCGAGGAAGCACACGGCGAGUGGAACGGGCGAUGAGGCAGACACAGGCCCUUGCAGAUCAGUUUGAAGAUAAAACUACAUCUGUAUUGGAACGACUGAAGGUUUUCUAUUGCUGUCAAGUACCGCCUCACUGGGCCAUCCAGCGCCAGCUUGCAGGUUUGCUGUUUGAGUUGGGAUGUACCAGUUCAGCUCUUCAAAUAUUUGAGAAGCUGGAAAUGUGGGAAGAUGUGGUCAUUUGUUACGAAAGGGCUGGGCAGCACGGGAAGGCAGAAGAAAUUCUUAGGCAAGAGCUGGAGAAAAAAGAAACACCAGGUUUAUACUGCUUGCUUGGAGAUGUCCUUCGAGAUCACUCCUGCUAUGACAAAGCCUGGGAGUUGUCCCAGCACCGCAGUGCCCGGGCCCAGCGCUCCAAAGCCCUCCUUCAUCUUCAGAACAAGGAGUUUCAAGAAUGUGUGGAGUGCUUUGAACGCUCAGUGAAGAUUAAUCCUAUGCAGCUCGGGGUAUGGUUUUCUCUAGGCUGUGCCUAUUUGGCCUUGGAAGAUUAUGCAGGCUCAGCAAAGGCAUUUCAGCGUUGUGUGACCCUGGAACCUGAUAAUGCUGAAGCUUGGAACAAUUUAUCAACUUCCUAUAUCCGAUUAAAACAAAAGGUAAAAGCUUUUAGAACUUUACAAGAAGCUCUCAAGUGUAACUACGAACACUGGCAAAUCUGGGAAAACUACAUCCUCACCAGCACUGACGUUGGGGAAUUUUCAGAAGCAAUUAAAGCUUAUCACCGGCUCUUGGAUUUAAGAGACAAGUACAAAGAUGUUCAGGUCCUUAAAAUUCUGGUCAGGGCAGUGACUGAUGGAAUGACUGAUCGAAGUGGAGAUGUUGCCUCUGGCCUCAAAGGAAAGCUACAGGAAUUGUUUGGCAGAGUAACUUCAAGAGUGACCAAUGACGGUGAAAUCUGGAGGCUGUACGCCCAAGUGUGUGGGAAUGGGCAGAGUGCAAAGCCCGAGGAGAACAAGAAGGCAUUCCAGUAUCUCUCAAAGGCAUAUAAAUGCGACACACAGUCCAAUUGUUGGGAGAAAGAUACUGCAUCAUUUAAGGAAGUCGUUCAAAAGGCAUUAGGGCUUGCACAUGUGGCUAUAAAAUGCAUUGAAAACAAACCUAAUCCUCAAGAAGCCGUGCAGGUGCUUUCCUCAGUUCGACUCAAUUUACGGGGUUUAUUAUCUAAGGCAAAGCAACAUUUUACAGAUGUGACAAGUGGAGAAAUUUCCAGUGAGUUAGCAGAUGACAUAGCAGCUAUGGAUGCCUUGGUAACAGAACUUCAAGACCUAAGCAACCAGUUUCGAAAUCAGUAUUGACCAUGCUAGGAACAGUUUCUGGAAAAAAGUACUUUUGCCUUCUGGAAUUUCUCUUAUACCUGUAUAUCUGAAACACAAGAUGUUGAUUUUUGAAAUAAAUUUGUUUUAUGGCUAACAUUCUUGUUUUUGUGAGAUUCCCAAAUGUUUGCACUUUCUGAAGUACAUUAAAUAAAAAAGGGCCUUAUUUCUUUAGGCCUAGUUAUGGUCAAAUUCAGUAUUUAUAUUAUUCUUGAGGUAUUUCAACACAAAGAAAAAAAUAUGAGUUUUCUUUUUAGCGUAGGGUUUAUUCUCUCUCAGCCUAACAUAAAUUGGAUCAUUCUUUGGAAGAACUUAGUCUAAACAGGGAAAAAAAUUAUAUAUUACAAGUUGGUGGAAUCAUUAGAUUGGCUGCAUUAUUGUCCAAGAGUGAUAAAAGAAUGGACUUGGAGAUGGAAACAUUUACACUUCUUAAAAUUUUGUGUUGUGUCAGAAAGAUACAAACUUGGCUGAAUUGGAAGUGUGACUAUGAUUUAACUUCUAAAUCAAGAAAAUGCAAGAAAAAAUAUGACAUAACCCAAACUAUGACUCAACUGUUAGCCACUAGUACCCAGGCUGUUAGCUCCUCAUGGUGUGUGCUGCCAGCCCUAAAGAUGUUGUUUAAUAAGGUUAUUAUGGGUGAAUGCAGCUAUAAAUGGUGCCAUAUUACAAAAAUGCCAAAGUAAAAUGCUUUCUUAAUAAUGUCUGUGGAAACAAAUAUUGGAGUCAGCAGCUGAGCUUAAUAAUCUUAGUACAAAAGUCAUCGUGAAGAAUUCAGUUACUGGCUUGAGUUGCUAAAUUUUGGGUUCCCUGCAUAAAUCACUUGACCCUUGUUUUUUUCCAUGUGAAUAAUUCUGACUUGUAGCAUCGUUGUGAGUUUCAACUGGAAAUUUAACAUUUCAUAAUCCAUAAAUAUAAAGCACUCUGAAAAAUUUAAAAGAUCUUCUAAAAAUUCCUUCCUUAAUAAAUUUUGCUUAUGAAUAUUU